AAUUAAAAUAAUAAAGUGUGAAUCUAUAAGAAAAAUUUUUAGUCGAGAUGAAUUAAGAUAUGUAUACGAAACAUAAGUAGUUUAUUUAAUAAAAAAUAAAUUUUUUGAUUUUAAGAUCGCAAUCAAAUAGACAUUUUUUUAAGGGACAAAGCAAAACUUAGAUUUUUCAGUUUAUAAAUAAGAAAAAUUUGAUGUCUAAAAUUUUAAAUGAAAGUAUUGUAGAAAUUAGUUUUGUUAUUUCAAAAAUUCUUGAAAAAAGAUUAUUGCGCAACCAUGGUUAACCUUUUGAUACAAAGACGCAAAUCUAAUUCAAAUACCUCGAUUAUUUACAUAUAUAUUUUUGUCCAAAUUAUGCACCUUACAUGUUCUUUGCCUUCAAAAACAAAUGAUACAAAAUUUGGUGUUUGGAUGGAACGUUCUCCGGAGUCAACUGUAGCACCAAAUGGUGACGAAGUGUUAUUUGAAUGUGAAAUUAAUAUAAUUCCGGAUAAUAUAGAAUGGAGAUUCCGUCACGUUUCUGUUUCGAAUGAUUUUCAUGGAUAUCAAAUAAUGAGUGGAAAUAAUAUUACAAAUGAUGAUAAUAUGUCGAAACUACGCAUAUAUGUUUCACCUGAAACCAUUGGUGAAUACCAAUGCGUUGCUUGGUUUGGUACAUCAGCUCUAGCGUCCGUAGCAGCUCAGUUAUCUUUGGCUACUAUAAAUGAAAUAUACAAAAAUGAUGUCUUAAGGAAUUAUCAAAAUCCUGAUGAAGCUUCAAAGUGGAAAGUUGCACCGAAAAAUAGCCUUCUUAUUAAGUGUGGAUCAAUUGUAUCAAAUCCAGCACCAGUAUGGAGUUUUUAUAAAAACAACAUACCUGUGAUACCAAUUGAUUCUAAUUGGCCACCGGGGUCUUUGGUCCUAAAUAAUGUAACUUCAAAAGAUACCGGUAUUUAUUCCUGCUCUGCAAUGAAUUCAAUUACCGGCCAAGAAAUAAAAUUGAAACACACCAUUGACCUCACAGUUGAUUACACACAAAGAAUGCCCCCAUAUUUCUUAACACAACCCGCGACUAAAGUUUUGGCUCAUCCAGGUCAAACAAUAGUGUUGGAAUGUCCUGGUGUAGGAAAUCCAAACCCCAAAGCAGUGUGGAGCAGUCCAAAAAUUUUUAGCAGUUAUACACCCAAUAAUAGAACAACAAUAUUUCCUUAUGGCCUGCAGAUAAUUGAUGUAAAGCCUGAGGACAAUGGAACUUAUACAUGUCGACUCGAUAACGGACUUUUACCUGUUCUAGUUCAUGUGGUUAAAUUGCAAGUUUUACAAAAACCAACCAUAGUUAGAGGCCCAGGCCUUUCUUUAGCAAACGAGUCUUUUCCGUGGGAAUUAGAAUGCCAGGCAAAAGGAACUCCUCCGCCAGUUUUGUAUUGGAUGAUCAACGGAGUGGACACCAGGACUGAUAGUACGAUUACUCAUCAUGAAGGUAGUAUUAUCAUAUCAAAUAUGAAAAAGGCCUACGCUGGAAUAGUUCAAUGUUUUGCCAAAAAUGAUGCAGGAGAGACCGUUAACAGCAAUUUGCUUCAAGUUAAUCCUACACAAGUAAAUUCAUCAAUUCUUGGACAAUUUCCAACUCAGUCGAUCUUAGAGCAUAGGCCUACCAAGAAGAAAAAACAUAAAAGUCCAACUAUGAUUCCACCAAAUAAACCAAGUGUUUCCCGUUUAAGUGAUGACUCCGUAAUGCUACGUUGGUCUGUUCCAAAAAACGAUGGUUUAGAAAUUACGUUCUUCAAAGUGCAAUACAAAAUGCUUGAUAGAUCCAAGACAACAUCACGCGGUAAUUGGGAAACAACAAAUGAAGAAAUUUCUUUUGGAAAACGCGAUAACAAAGUUAAAAACUUUACAAUUCCCGUUUCUGGACUACAACCUGAUCGUUACUAUAGAUUUCGAAUUCUCGCUGUUUAUUCUAACAAUGACAAUAAAGAAGGGCCAAGCACUGGCAAAUUUCUUCUGCAAAGUGGUGAAACUCUUGGAAAAGAUAAGGGUUAUUUACCAGCCCCUGUUCUGUCAACUGUUGAAGGAAUAUCCGAAAACAUAAUAUUAUUAAAUUGGGAUUACCCAGAUAAUAUUUACAUUGAGGGAUUUUAUGUUCAUUAUAGAUCAGUCUUAUCAGCUGGAGAAUAUACCAAGCAGACGGUGGAAGGUAUGAGAACUAGAAAAUUCAAUGUAGACAACUUGGAAGCAAAUACCGCUUAUGAGUUUAAACUACAAAGUUUUACUCUAUCGGCAGCUUCAGAUUUUAGUUCAAUACUUACAGGAAGAACAACAAGAAUAACUACCUCUCCACCUUACAUUAAGAAUAUUAAUAUUGUACCAGAACAUCAAACCAUUGAGAAACAAAGUUACUUUAUAAUUAUUGCUGGGACAGCUGGCGGCAGCGCACUAAUUUUAUUAGCUGUAGUACUUUUAUUUGUUUUAUAUAGAUGGAAAAAAAGUGAUCUUCAAAAUGAAGACAAGCCACGUAUAGAUCACAUUCAAGCUGAUGGUCAUUUAGUGCCCUCUAUGCAUAAAAAUAAUCAUAGGUUAAACGGAGUAAUGAACAUAACCCCAAAUCCUUUAGCUCACGACGGAGAUAAAAUACAACAUCAAAGAGGCUCCUCACCUUAUCAUCAUUUUAAUAAGGCGAGUUCAAAUUCAACCAACUCCCCCACAAUUUUGCAUAAGCAGCUUACAAACAAUCACGCAAAAAAAACUAGUUCUCAAUAUAAAAGUUCUUUGAACAAUAUUGCUAUUCAAGUACCUAUUACACCAGACUUUAAUCGUAGAAUAUUAGAUAAAAGCAAUCGUAGCUUACAUUACUCUCCAUCUCCCCCAGUGUAUAAUAACGCUCUGCCCAUAGAAAAUUUAACUAAUAGAGUUCCUUCAUUACGAAUUAAUCUUACACGGCACACUUCUUGCAAUGAAAAUGUUGGAGCUCCUGGUAGUCCUCAGAUACGAAAAUCUCCAAAAGGAAUUCGCCAAACACAUAUUGUUCGCAAUCAUACGAGUAAUUUAAGUAAAAAUAUGUCUUCCGGAAGUCUCAAUAGCAUAGAAGUUUAAAUUAUUAAAUCUAAUAUAUUAUAUUUAUUAUAGACAAUGUUUUAAUAGUUUUAAGAUUAAAUUUGCCAUGGUACGAAACAUAAGAAAAGUAUUUUCUUAUGGCAUUUUAUUGCUAUAAAUUAGCAUUUAGAAAAUUAAUAGAGAUACGAGUAUAACGUAAAAAGAAGAACAAGUAAAUUUGCACAGUUUUAAUCUUUGUUGUUGUUGGCUUCUACUUUUACCCGUAUAUUUUACUGCAAAAAAUUAAAUCCAAAAAACUAAUUUAACACAAUGUUAUUUUAAACAAUUUUUCGUUUAUAAACUUGCAUCUUGUGUAUUUCUGAAAAUGCUGCUCUUAAGGUAAGAACUAUAAAGCUACAAUUAAUUUGCACAUAAAGUGCUAAAAGUUUGCAUUUUAUUUUUUCUUAUGUAAAUUUUUUUCAAAAACACCAUUAAAAUAUUUUGAAAUCUGAACUCUCAUUUGAAAUAUUUGUGAAUAAAUAGGAGCCACCGCAAUUUAAACUUAAAAAAUAUAGCAAAAACUAUUGUUUUUCUUUAUAUGUAGGGAAAAUAUCUCAAAUAUAAUUAAGUUAUAUUAAUAUAAAUUGAUAUGCAAAUUUUCAUAGUGUAUUUCAAUUGGAAAAUUGUAUUAUGCACAAAAUUUUACUAAUUGUAUUUUUUUUUUUAGUUUUGAAUAUUGCAAUGAUUGAUUGUUAGUUAGAACCUUUAUUAUUAAUAAAUUAAAAAUAAUUAUUUCCAAAAGACAAUACAAAUCGACUGAUUAAGUUAACGGUAAUCUAUUGAAUAUUAAAUAAAGGACAUGACUUAUGCAUGUACAUAUGUAUUCAUUUACAAAUUUUUAAAAUAAAAUAUUUUAUUACAAAACAAAGCUAAUAAGAUUGUUCUAUUAUUAUUAUUUUUAAAUAUAACAUCUUAUUUAAUGUAGUUGAAUAUAUAAAAUAAUAGUUGAAGCCGUACACACAUGCAGUAACGACAUUAUAAAUCAAUAAGAAUUGAAAACUUUGUAUGCAGUAAAGAUAUUUGACAUACCCUAAAUUUUUUUAGUUUAACCUAUAUGCAUCUUGAAAUCGACUUCAAACGGAUUUCGAAUUAGCGUUUAUGUGAGCGCUACUUAACUUGAAAUUUUAAUUCAACUACUCGAUUCGCCAUAUAAACAAAGUAAAAGUUGCAGUUUUAACAAACGCGACAUAGUGAAAGUGGAACAUAUUUGGUUAUCAAGUAAGUUGUCAAUUUAUAAAUAGUAUAACCAAGUCUUUAAAUAAAACAAAUGUAUUAAUUAGACUUUAAUAUGUGUAUUUGCAAAUCAAUAAAAACUAGUUGUUAAGACGGCUUUUUUACUC